GAUCGAUUCCCCAGACUGCUAGUAGCAAAGAACUUCGAGUCUCUGGACUGCCGGUCAACCAUCGACGGCCAUGACCAUGAGCGACACCGUCGUCAUCAUCAACUCUCUCAUCGGCAAGACCCGCGCCAACCAAUGCCCUGCACUCCGCAAGGGGCUGCAGGCAGCCACACCGUCGGCAGACGGGAUUGAGAGCGUGAUGUUCACGUACAGGUUCAUGGAGGACCAGUCCACUGUGUUCACCGACGUGCAGAGAAGCGAGGCCAGCCCGUGCACUGGCGGCUGCGCAUCCACCCAUACGGUAGACAGUGCAGUGAACGCGCCAUGGAUACACGAGGGACCGACCGCCGACUACUGCGUGCGCACGGGCUAUCGAGAAGUCCAUGCCGCCGGCGUGUGCCCAGAAGCGCAGCUCAUGGCCGGUAGUAACUCUGUUAUCUACCUUACUAAUGACGAAGGCCCAGUCGUGCGGCUCCUUCGAUGGGUUGCUGGUCUAUGCGGGGGCAGCGACCUCGCCGUCCAUGGUUGCCCCGAAGGGCAACUCAUGGCCGGUAACUCUACUAUCUACCAGAAUGGCCUGGUCCAGUGGCUCCUCCGGUAGUCUCUCGACAGUUACGCGCUGUUCAAAGAGAGGUUUGAAGGUCAAAGAAAUCACAGUUUGGAUGCCCUCCGCUUAAAUGGACGAUAUCCCCACCGUUCGAGUUCUUGUUGGGAUCCAACAUCCAAACCAUGGAGGAUAUUUAAGCCAGCUUAGGAAAUGCUUUGUGUCUCAUCAGCUGUUUAUGUCCUACCAAAUGCUCGCCUUCACAGCCUCCUUGAUUUCUCCUUUUCUAAUUUUCAUUGUAAACGAACAUUGUACAUUUUGCUUGAUAUUUCUAGAGUUGCCGCUGCUUUGAGUUUGUAAGUUUUUCCGCAGGUGUAUUUCUUUGUAACGUAGGGGAAAUAAAUUUGAUUGUGUAAAUGUGUAAUUUAUCGGUCAUUGAAUGUAUGAUAAUCCAGAUUUUUUUAAUAUCUAUAUA